GGGUUUACUUACAAGUUGAAUUUGGCCCGUGACCAGGCUCGGCACUCAAAUCGCUAUAUUAAGAAGACAAUUUCGCUCAGUUUUGGACCGACUCACCGUAUUAAAAAAAAAAAAUAAAAAAAAACUGACAAAGCGCCAAAAAAAUAAAACGCGUUGGGUUAUCCUGUUGCUGUUGGCAGUCUUCAUGCCGUGGGGCUGCGAUGUGACUUUGUGCUUCUUGAUGUUCGCUGUCGUUGCAGUCGAAGAUGACCAACAGUCGAUACUGUCGUCGAAAAAAAAGCAGCGCAACGGAGGCAUGAGGAACUCCCCCAACUCCUCGCCAAAGAUCGCAAGACGCGACCCGCUCCUCAUCACCGUCAACGAGCAGAUGGAAAGCGUGGACGACAACGUGAAGAAGUACGACUCCACGGGGAUGUUCCACUGGUGCCCGUCCAAAGACAUCGACAAGGUCGUCCUGACUCGAAACGAGGCGGCCAUGACGGUGCUGAGCGGCCACGUGGUGGUGUGCAUCUUCGGCGACGUCAAGUCGGCGGUGAUCGGCCUGCGCAACUUUGUGAUGCCGCUGCGGGCCAGCAACUUCCACUACCACGAGCUCAAGCACAUCGUCUUCGUGGGCUCGCUGGAGUACCUCAAGCGCGAGUGGGAGACGCUGCACAAUUUCCCCAAAGUCUCCAUCUUGCCCGGCACGCCGCUGAGUCGAGCGGACCUGAGGGCCGUCAACAUCAAUCUCUGCGACAUGUGCGUCAUCCUGUCGGCCAAUCAGAACAAUAUCGACGACGCGUCGCUGCAGGACAAAGAGUGCAUCUUGGCGUCGCUCAACAUCAAGUCCAUGCUCUUUGACGACAGCAUCGGCGUCUUGCAGGCCAAUUCCCAAGGCUUCACGCCGCCGGGUAUGGAGCGCCCGUCUCCCGAGAACAGCCCCUUCCACGGAAUCGUGCGGCAGACCUCGGUGACGACGGGGGCCAACAUUCCCAUCAUAACUGAACUGGUUAACGAUUCCAACGUUCAGUUCCUGGACCAGGACGACGACGACGACCCCGACACGGAGUUGUACCUGACCCAGCCGUUCGCCUGCGGCACCGCCUUCGCCGUCAGCGUGCUCGACUCCUUAAUGAGUGCUACGUACUUCAACGACAACAUCCUGACGCUGAUCCGCACGCUGGUGACGGGCGGCGCCACCCCGGAGCUGGAGGGGCUGCUGGCGGAGGAGAACGCCCUGCGCGGCGGCUACAGCACGCCGCAGACGUUGGCCAACAGGGACCGCUGUCGCGUGGCGCAGCUGGCCUUGUACGACGGGCCCUUCGCCGACCUCGGGGUGAGACGGCGACGUUUCGAUGGUGGUUGCUACGGCGACCUGUUUUGCAAAGCACUGAAAACAUACAACAUGCUCUGCUUCGGCAUCUAUCGGCUCCGUGACGCCCAUCUAAACGCGCAGAGUCAGUGCAUCAAACGUUUGACCACAACGCCAGCCAGGCGCGGGCCAGCCUCUCGCACUCGUCCGGCAAGAAAAGCGCGUCCGCGCACUCCAUCGCCACCAUCAACCGAGUCAACCGCAACAAGAGCAAGGGACCCGCGGGACAAGCUCAAGUACGAAAAGGCGCAUGGACAUCUCCUCGCAACGAGCCGGCCUGACGAAUGUUUUCCAGAUCACUCGUUUGUUUUUGUUGAUAAUGAGGCUCAUUCGAUGAAUAAGGUGACUUUUUCCCCACCAUCAGGACUGCUAAUACAAGCUAGAAAGGGGUUUGGGGGGGGGGGGGUUGAAGGUCAUCUUCUGUAUGUAUCACAAGUCCGUAUACUGAAAAAUUCACCUUCUUCAUGAUAUAUUUGUAUAUUCGCUUCUGACAGAGUGAGCCAGACAACACUUUUCCUUCAUUUCAAAGUGCAGCAAAUUUGCAACAAAGCAAAACCACCACCGCGCCCGAGUUAGCCCUGGUGGUCAGUUCUUGGAGCUUUUAUGAAGGUGACAGUAAGUGUAAAUUUCUUCUAUCCAGACGGGAAUUUUAUUGUGUACUUUGUUGGCAUGCGUUUGCAAUCGGCCCGGUGGUCGACUGGUUAGCGCGCUGGCGUCCAUUCUGGCUCUGCGAUUCCUGUAUGAAGUUUGCAUGUUCUCAUAUGUGACUUCCCUGAAUAUUACAAAAGAACGUUUCAGGAGUUGUCAGGUGUGUGCAGCCUUUUUUUUUUAUAUUAAAGCCGGCGUGACAUCUCGACCCUGCGAUCUUCCCGGCCCGCUCCAUCCACAGUGGGCUUUGGAGAAAUCAAUUCCACGUGUACGAGAACAAUAAAAGUUUUUAUUUGCGUCCGUGCCCCAUUU